GGGAAACAAUUUUUUGUGUAAAUUUGAGGAUUUAUUUAACUUGUGCAGUCGCUAUCUAGCCAACCCUUUGUUAGGGGAACUUUCUAUGUGUUUUUAAAAACGAGUUUUGUUCGUUUUUUUGGCGAGAAGAAUCUGUGUUGUGUUGCAGCCCCACCUUGUUUUUUCUUCUCUAUGAAAUGCUCUAAAAAAACUCCACCUGUAUCCAGUAUUUAGUGAUAAUAAGUAAACCAACAUGACGGAGAAGAUUACGCUUGCCGAUGCUCUGUCUAAUGUGGAGGUGUUAGACGAGCUAUCAUUACCAGACGAGCAGCCUUGCAUAGAGGCGCAACCGUGUUCCAUUAUAUACAAAGCUAAUUUCGAUACUAACUUCGAAGAUCGCAAUGGAUUUGUUACGGGAAUUGCCAAAUACAUAGAAGAAGCCACUACGCACGCUAAUUUGAAUGUGUUGCUAGACGAGGGACAGAAGCAUGCGGUUAUGCUGUACACCUGGCGUUGUUGUUCCCGAGCAAUACCUCAACCCAAAUCUAAUGAGCAGCCAAAUCGGGUGGAGAUCUACGAGAAAACGGUUGAGGUACUUGCACCAGAAGUAAACAAACUUCUCAAUUUUAUGUAUUUUCAACGCAAAGCCAUCGAAGCUUUUUCGGGUGAGGUGAAACGAUUGUGUCAUGCAGAGAAACGCAAGGAUUUCGUUUCGGAGGCAUAUCUUUUAACGUUGGGAAAAUUUAUUAAUAUGUUUGCCGUUUUGGAUGAGCUCAAGAACAUGAAGUCAAGCGUGAAGAAUGAUUAUUCUACAUAUCGACGCGCCGCCCAAUUUCUUAAAGUAAUGUCCGACUCACAUACUCUGCAGGAGUCGCAAAAUUUGUCCAUGUUCUUGGCAACACAAAACAAAAUUCGCGACACCGUCAAAGAUACGCUUGAGAAGGUUGUUGGCUACGAAGACCUGCUAUCAGAUGUCGUCAACAUUUGUGUGCAUAUGUUUGAAACGAAAAUGUACUUGACACCGGAAGAGAAACAUAUGCUUGUCAAAGUCAUGGGCUUUGGACUGUUUCUAAUGGACAGUGAUGCUUGUAACAUUAAUAAAUUAGAUCAGAAGAAAAAAAUACGUCUGGAUCGUAUUGAUCGUAUUUUCAAGAACCUGGAAGUGGUGCCUCUCUUCGGGGAUAUGCAAAUUGCGCCCUUCAAUUAUAUAAAACGUAGCAAGCACUUCGAUCCCAGCAAAUGGCCGCUAUCCAGUUCGAAUGCAAUUAGUCCACAAGCUGAUUUAAUGGUGCAUCUGCCACAAAUACGAGAGGAUCAUGUUAAGUACAUUUCCGAGCUAGCACGCUACACUAAUGAAGUGACGACUACGGUUAAGGAAAACCCUUCAGAUGCUGAAAACCGUGGGACCUCAGAUUUGGCACUACGUGGCUUGCAGCUCUUAUCCGAGUGGACGAGUGUGGUUACUGAGCUAUACUCGUGGAAGUUACUUCAUCCCACUGAUCAUCAUCAAAACAAGGAUUGCCCCGUCGAAGCGGAGGAAUAUGAGCGGGCCACACGUUAUAAUUAUACAUCUGAGGAGAAAUUUGCACUGAUUGAAGUGAUCGCCAUGAUCAAAGGUCUCCAGGUUUUGAUGGCACGCAUCGAGACAGUGCUCUGUGAAGCAAUACGUCGCAACAUUUACUCUGAGUUACAGGAUUUUGUGCAGUUAUCGUUGCGUGAGCCACUGCGGAAAGCGGUAAAGAACAAGAAGGAUCUAAUACGCAGUAUCAUCAUGUCAGUGCGUGAGACCUCGGCCGAUUGGCAAAAAGGUCACGAGCCCAUCGAUGACCCCGUGUCCAAAGGCAAAAAGGAUCCUGAUGGAGGCUUUCGUAUACAAGUGCCUCGUCUCAAUGUAGGCCCUUCAUCUACCCAACUCUACAUGGUGCGUACAAUGCUGGAGUCCUUGAUUGCCGACAAAAGCGGCGGCAAACGUACACUGCGCAAGGACAUCGAUGGCAAUUGCCUCAUGCAAAUCGACACGUUCCACAAGACAUCCUUCUAUUGGAGUUACCUGCUAAACUUUAGCGACACAUUGCAAAAAUGUUGUGACUUGUCGCAGUUAUGGUAUCGCGAGUUCUAUUUGGAGAUGACCAUGGGUCGGAAGGUGAACAAGUGCAUGGUGCGGCAUCAGCACAACGAGGAGUGCAAGGAUUUAAUAACCAUGGAGAAGCGCAUACAGUUUCCCAUUGAAAUGUCGAUGCCCUGGAUACUAACAGACCACAUACUACAGACAAAGGAGCCUUCAAUGAUGGAAUUUGUUUUGUAUCCCUUGGACUUGUACAACGAUUCGGCACAUUAUGCUUUAACUGUCUUCCGCAAGCAAUUCCUCUACGACGAAGUGGAGGCCGAAGUCAAUUUAUGUUUCGAUCAAUUUGUUUAUAAACUAAGCGAACAGAUAUUUGCUCACUACAAACAACUAGCUGGCAGCGUAUUCUUGGAUAAGCGUUUUCGACUGGAAUGUGAGGUGUUGGGUUUUAAUUUUCAAUCAUAUCCGCGUAAUAAUCGAUACGAAACCCUACUAAAACAACGACAUGUUCAAUUAUUAGGACGCUCCAUUGAUUUAAAUAAACUGAUUACACAACGCAUUAAUGUCAAUAUGCACAAAAGUAUUGAAUUGGCCAUCAGCCGCUUUGAAGCCAACGACAUCACAGGCAUUGUGGAACUCGAGGGUCUGCUGGAGGCAAACCGCAUCUGCCACAAACUGUUAAGCAAAUACUUGGCUCUGGACAAUUUCGAUGGCAUGGUCAAGGAGGCUAACCACAAUGUUUUGGCGCCCUACGGACGCAUCACGUUGCACGUCUUUGUGGAAUUGAACUACGACUUCCUAGUGAGUUACUGCUACAAUGCAGCCACAAAUCGUUUUAUACGCACCAAAGUCAACUUAUCAUCUACGCAAGCCAUUCAACGCGAAAAACCACCACAGAUGUCACACUAUUACUUAUGGGGCUCAAAGCAACUGAAUUCUGCAUAUUCCACACAAUAUGGCCAGUACACAGGCUUUGUGGGUGCACCUCAUUUCCACGCCAUGUGCCGAUUGCUAGGCUAUCAGGGCAUUGCAGUCGUCAUGGACAUCAUAUUGAAAGACAUUGUUAAGCCCUUAAUACAGGGCUCACUGCUGCAGUUCACAAAGACGCUGAUGAUUGCUAUGCCCAAAUCUUGCAAACUGCCCCGUUGCGAAUACGGCUCGCCAGGCGUAUUGAGUUACUAUCAGGCACAUCUCACAGACAUUGUCCAAUAUCCAGAUACGAAAACCGAACUAUUUCAAUCGUUUCGGGAGUUUGGUAAUUGCAUUAUUUUUUGCCUGCUAAUUGAACAGGCAUUGUCGCAAGAAGAAGUGUGCGAUCUACUGCACGCUGCACUAUUCCAGAAUAUAUUUCCUAAACCAUUCUGUAAAGAAAACGAGAAACCAGAGGCCAAGCAAAAACGGUUAGAGGCGCAAUUCGCUAAUUUACAAAUCGUUUCUAAUGUAGAAAAGAUUGGAACUGCAAAGCAAGCUAUGAUUGCACGCGAAGGUGAUUUGCUGACACGCGAGCGCCUUUGUUGCGGCCUCAGCAUCUUUGAGGUAAUUCUAAACCGUGUCAAGAGCUAUCUGGACGAUCCAGUGUGGUGUGGCCCGCCACCAGCUAAUGGAAUUAUUCAUGUGGACGAGUGCUCCGAGUUUCAUCGACUGUGGUCAGCUUUGCAGUUCGUCUACUGUAUUCCAGUGCGGGGCACCGAGUACACUAUAGAGGAACUGUUCGGCGAGGGUCUAAAUUGGGCUGGUUGCGCCAUGAUUGUGUUGCUUGGACAACAAAGACGCUUUGAGGCAUUGGAUUUUUGUUACCACAUUUUGCGGGUGCAACGCGUCGAUGGCAAAGACGAGGAUGUGAAAGGAAUUCAACUCAAACGCAUGGUCGAUCGCAUUCGCCGAUUUCAAGUAUUAAACUCACAAAUAUUCGCUAUACUCAAUAAAUAUCUAAAGGGCAGCGAUGCCGAAGGAUCAAACGUCGAGCAUGUCCGCUGCUUUCCACCGCCACAACAUCCCUCGGUCAUUUCCUCAUCGUCGUCUCAUUACCAGGAUCCACAAAAGCUGCGGCAGAGCAUGAACAAUUGAGAAGCGUUCUUCAGAUCGAUAAUUAAGUACUACUUAGCCACAAUUACAAUUUUUGUACGAAUAAUGUGCAUUUACACAAUUAUCGUUAUAGAAUUGCGAUAGAUUUCAAAGUUGCAGUUCCGUUUCGUUCUAUAGUAAAUUUAUAUGGUGACCCUUAUUUAUAGCAUUUGCGACAUAUGAAACAUAAUUCCAAAGCUGUCUUUUGAAAUAACGAUCAUUUUAAAAAAAUUACACCUCAAUCUCUCCUAUACAGAUAUUCCAAACAAUUUUUUAUUAUACAAUUUACAUAAAAAUGAAAGUUAUGUUCAAGCUUAUUUUGACUUUCACACUUUCAAUCGAAUGAGAUAAUGACACUCAUAAUUGUAAAAAAAAAUUUAUUUUGAAAAUAUUCUUUGCUUUUAAAUAUCGAUACAAAGACCCAGAAUUUGAAUUCGGAAAGAGUUUUAAGGAAAAGCGAAUUGGAAAUAACAUUUUGUUAGUUCUGUUUUUAACACAUUUAUCUAAAGUUUUUGGGUUCCGUGUAGUUGUAGAAUUGAAUAGCCUCACGCAUGGCCAAUUAAAUACAUUCGAUAGCAACUCGCAAUUUUAUGUCGAUACGUAUUCGAUGCAAUUAUAUUCUGUAGCAUAAUGUAUGUGUAAUGCAGAAAUUAUAUUUAGAUUUAAUAUAAUGUAAUUCCAAAUAUAUUUAAAGGCAUUUCCUCUAUAUGUACUCCUCAAAAUAUAUUGUAUUGUAUUGCUUGCUGGCGCCCUUAUCGCUAUUCUUUACGAUAUCGCUAUUAUGUUAAAGCGUCAGCAUGUUUGCUUGGUAUAUUACUUAUAACAGAAACCUAUGAUUUGUCUCUGAUUUCCAAAUCAAAUCCGCCAAAGAAUUGAAAGAGGGCUUACACAGAACAGCAAUGCGUACAUACAUAUAAACAAAUUGGCUUUAAACGUAAAGAGAAACAGAAAAAAGUAUUAAUAGCUGCAAAUAAUAAGUGUAUUGGCACGGAUUAAACAAUUGUACGCGAAUAUGCAAUAUUACAUACUGAAUAAAAUAUGCAAUGCAAUGCAGCAUACAUACAUUCAUACAUACAUACAUACAUACAGAAACACAAUACAAUGAACUUUAUCAAAUAAAAUUUUCAUACGUA